UACCUUUGUCUGAACCCCCAAACCACGACGUUUCAAGACCCCAAUUCGCCCGCUGAAUCUGUGCCCCGGCCCUUCUGCCGCCCCCCGCCGCGAGCCGCAGGGGCAGGAGCCAGCCCGGCGCUGCGCUUAAAGCUGCGUCUGCCCGAGCGCGGCACGUGCUCCCGGCGCUGGCGCAAGAGAGCGAGCGCCACCGCCACGGGCCCCGCAGCCGUUCUGCCUGCUGUCACUGCGCCUCCAUCGCUGCCACUAGCGCUCCAGCUGCAGCCGAGGCCGCUACGAGAGCGCAGGAAGCCCAAAGGGAGCGGCUGGCCAGGGGCGCAAGGCUCUGGGCGCGCACCUGGUCUCAAAGAUCAUGAUUGCGUGGAUGCCUCUAACUAAAUGGUACCUGGGGACAUGAUGGUUCUUUAGACGACGCAUCUAAAUUGCUGGCUGAUUCUUUGGUUUGCCGCUCAACAUAGGACAUUGUUUGAUUGUGUCUAUCGAAACUCUACUAAAACAUUUCCACCAUGCUGUCUUUGUUAGCUUGAACUCCUUUCUUAAAAUGGUCCUUCUGUUGAUCCUGUCGGUCCUGCUUUUGAAAGAAGAUGUCCGUGGGAGUGCACAGUCCAGUGAGAGGAGGGUGGUGGCUCACAUGCCAGGAGACAUCAUUAUCGGAGCUCUCUUUUCUGUUCACCACCAACCUACUGUGGACAAAGUCCACGAGAGGAAGUGCGGGGCAGUCCGUGAACAGUAUGGCAUUCAGAGAGUGGAGGCCAUGCUGCACACCCUGGAGAGAAUCAAUUCAGACCCCACACUCUUGCCCAACAUCACACUGGGCUGUGAGAUAAGGGAUUCCUGCUGGCAUUCGGCAGUGGCCCUAGAGCAGAGCAUUGAGUUCAUAAGGGAUUCCCUCAUUUCUGCAGAAGAGGAAGAAGGCUUGGUACGCUGUGUGGAUGGCUCUUCUUCCUUCCGUUCCAAGAAGCCCAUAGUAGGGGUCAUUGGGCCUGGCUCCAGUUCUGUGGCCAUUCAGGUCCAGAACUUACUCCAGCUUUUCAACAUACCUCAGAUUGCUUACUCGGCAACCAGCAUGGAUCUGAGCGACAAGACUCUGUUCAAGUACUUUAUGAGGGUUGUGCCAUCAGAUGCCCAGCAGGCACGUGCCAUGGUGGACAUAGUGAAGAGAUACAACUGGACUUACGUGUCGGCUGUGCACACAGAAGGCAACUAUGGAGAAAGUGGGAUGGAAGCUUUCAAAGAUAUGUCAGCAAAGGAAGGAAUAUGCAUCGCCCACUCUUACAAAAUCUACAGCAACGCGGGGGAGCAGAGCUUCGAUAAGCUGUUGAAGAAGCUCACGAGCCACCUGCCCAAGGCCCGGGUGGUGGCCUGCUUCUGUGAGGGCAUGACAGUGAGAGGCCUGCUGAUGGCCAUGAGGCGCCUGGGUCUAGCAGGAGAAUUUCUGCUUCUGGGCAGUGACGGCUGGGCCGACAGAUAUGACGUGACAGAUGGAUAUCAGCGAGAAGCUGUUGGUGGAAUCACAAUCAAGCUCCAAUCACCUGAUGUCAAGUGGUUCGAUGAUUAUUACCUGAAACUCCGGCCAGAAACAAACCUCCGUAACCCUUGGUUUCAAGAAUUUUGGCAGCAUCGUUUUCAGUGCCGGCUGGAAGGGUCUGCACAGGAGAACAGCAAAUACAACAAGACUUGCGAUAGUUCUCUGACUCUGAAAACACAUCAUGUUCAAGAUUCCAAAAUGGGAUUUGUGAUCAAUGCCAUCUAUUCCAUGGCCUAUGGGCUCCAUAACAUGCAGACGUCCCUCUGCCCCGGCUACGCGGGACUUUGUGAUGCAAUGAAGCCAAUUGAUGGGCGGAAACUUUUGGACUCCCUAAUGAAAACCAAUUUCACUGGGGUUUCUGGAGAUAUGAUCCUAUUUGAUGAGAACGGAGACUCUCCAGGAAGGUAUGAAAUAAUGAAUUUCAAGGAAAUGGGAAAAGAUUAUUUUGAUUACAUCAAUGUUGGAAGUUGGGACAAUGGAGAAUUAAAAAUGGAUGAUGAUGAAGUAUGGUCCAAGAAAAGCAACAUCAUCAGAUCUGUCUGCAGCGAACCAUGUGAGAAAGGCCAGAUAAAGGUGAUCCGGAAGGGGGAAGUCAGCUGUUGUUGGACCUGUACACCUUGUAAAGAAAAUGAGUAUGUCUUUGAUGAAUACACCUGCAAAGCAUGCCAGCUGGGGUCCUGGCCUACUGAUGAUCUCACAGGUUGUGAUUUGAUCCCAGUCCAGUAUCUCCGCUGGGGGGACCCCGAGCCCAUUGCAGCGGUGGUGUUCGCCUGCCUCGGCCUGCUGGCCACCCUGUUUGUCACCGCAGUCUUCAUCAUUUACCGUGACACACCAGUCGUCAAGUCCUCCAGCAGGGAACUCUGCUACAUUAUCCUGGCUGGCAUCUGCCUGGGCUACUUAUGUACUUUCUGUCUCAUUGCAAAGCCCAAACAGAUUUAUUGUUACCUUCAAAGAAUUGGCAUUGGUCUCUCUCCAGCCAUGAGCUACUCAGCCCUGGUAACCAAGACCAACCGUAUUGCAAGGAUCCUAGCCGGCAGCAAGAAGAAGAUCUGUACCAAAAAGCCCCGAUUCAUGAGUGCCUGUGCCCAGCUGGUGAUCGCUUUCAUUCUCAUCUGCAUCCAGCUGGGCAUCAUCGUGGCUCUCUUUAUAAUGGAGCCUCCCAACGUCAUGCACGACUACCCAAGCAUCCGGGAAGUCUACCUGAUCUGCAAUACCACCAACCUAGGGGUUGUCACUCCCCUUGGAUACAAUGGACUGUUGAUUUUAAGCUGUACCUUCUAUGCUUUCAAGACCAGGAAUGUCCCAGCCAACUUCAACGAGGCCAAGUACAUCGCCUUCACAAUGUACACCACUUGCAUCAUAUGGCUGGCCUUUGUGCCCAUCUACUUUGGCAGCAACUACAAAAUCAUCACCAUGUGUUUCUCUGUCAGCCUCAGUGCCACUGUGGCCCUAGGCUGCAUGUUUGUGCCGAAGGUAUACAUCAUCCUGGCCAAACCAGAGAGGAACGUGCGCAGCGCCUUCACCACGUCCACCGUGGUACGCAUGCACGUGGGGGAUGGCAAGUCGUCCUCGGCAGCCAGCAGAUCCAGCAGCCUCGUCAACCUGUGGAAGAGGAGGGGCUCCUCCGGGGAAACCCUAAGGUACAAAGACAGGAGACUGGCCCAGCACAAGUCGGAAAUAGAGUGUUUCACCCCCAAAGGGAGUAUGGGGAAUGGUGGGAGAGCAACAAUGAGCAGCUCGAACGGAAAAUCCGUCACGUGGGCCCAGAACGAGAAGAGCAGCCGGGGGCAGCACCUGUGGCAGCGGCUGUCCAUCCACAUCAACAAGAAAGAGAACCCCAACCAAACGGCCGUCAUCAAGCCCUUCCCUAAGAGCACUGAGAGCCGAGGCCUGGGCGCGGGCGCGGGGGCCCCCGGCGGCGCGGGCGGCGCGGGCGGAGCGAGCUGCGCAGGCGCCGGCCCCGGCGCUCCCGAGCCCCCCGACGCCGGCCCCAAGGCGCUGUACGACGUGGCGGAGGCCGAGGAGCACUUCCCGGCGCCCGCGCGGCCGCGCUCGCCGUCGCCCAUCAGCACGCUGAGCCGCCGCGCGGGCUCGGCCAGCCGCACGGAGGACGACGUGCCGUCGCUGCACUCGGAGCCCGCGGCGCGCAGCAACUCGUCCCAGGGCUCGCUCAUGGAGCAGAUCAGCAGCGUGGUGACCCGCUUCACGGCCAACAUCAGCGAGCUCAACUCCAUGAUGCUGUCCACCGCGGCUCCCGGCCCCGGCGUGGGCGCCCCGCUCUGCUCUUCCUACCUGAUCCCCAAAGAGAUCCAGCUGCCCACGACCAUGACGACGUUCGCCGAAAUCCAGCCUCUGCCGUCUAUCGAGGUCACGGGCGGCGCGCAGCCCGUGGCGGGGGCCCCGCCGGCUGGGGGCGCCGCAGGGGAGGCUCCCGUAGCCGGGCCCGAGGCUGCGGCCGGCAAGCAAGAACUGGAGGAGUUGGUGGCUCUCACCCCGCCGUCCCCCUUCAGAGACUCGGUGGACUCGGGGAGUACAACCCCCAACUCGCCAGUGUCCGAGUCGGCCCUCUGUAUCCCAUCGUCUCCCAAAUAUGACACUCUGAUCAUAAGAGAUUACACUCAGAGCUCCUCGUCGUUGUGAACGUCACUGGAAACCACUCUGGAUUCCGCGUGCUGAGCCGAGCCCUCUGGGGUUCACGGACACAGUGACGAGCAUGGUCACCUGCUUAAGAGCCGCGGUGCAAGAUGCCAAGUACACCCGUAAUGGAAACGUGAGAUUAAUAGUGCUAUUUCACAACAGCCGACGAAAACACAACUACAAAUCUUUUGGCAGAUUUUCUUCUAGUGGCCUUAGAAAACAUGGGCUUUUAAGAAGCACUGCUUGUAUUUUUGAGGGCUGACAUAGAGUCUGUUAAAACAGUUACAUACCAAGUGCUUUGCUCCAGGAAAGCAGUGAGUGUGAAACAGCAUAAUGGAGAGUGAAAAGCAUAGUUAAUGCGCAACUGUAAAAAGUUUUAUUUGUUUACUUUAGUUGUUUUCCCAGAAGAGUCUUUGAUUCACCAAACAUGAAUGUACAUUUUCUAACAAACUCAGAAUCUGGGACCAAAACAUCAACCUUUCUCUUACUUUUUUCUUUCUUUUUCUCUUUUCUAUUUUUAUUUUUCCUUUAAAGACCUUAAAAAGCAGUAAUUUGGGCUCAGUAUUUACUGAGGCAUUAUUGUGAGUGCAUCCCAUGCCUAACACACAACUGGAUAGUGAGUGCUGCGCUAAUGUACCUAGGGCUUCUACUGGAGACUUUCCUCUCCAAUUUGGUUGCGAAAUACUCUUCCAAAAGCCUGCAUCUGGGAUUCCACCUAGUUAUGUCAGAUUCACCUCCAUUAACCAAGAAAACCAGUGGAAGAUUUCUUGACUAUUUCACCACGUUGCCAAUCAAUACACUACUGGAGUAGCAAAAAAAAUAUUUUCUGGAAUACUGUUUUGUAAUUCCCUCACUGGGGUGCAUUGUGUAGCUGGAAAUUCUCUUUAUAAUAAUAAUUCUUGAGCUCCAGCCUGGCUAUCUCGUUCAUGAAACAAACCACUCCUUAAGAAUGCUGUUCCAUUAGCAUUGCCAGCUAAAAUACUAAAAUAAGCAUUUGGGCUUCUUCCUUUCUUUUGAGAAUCUGAUACUUUACAAAGAGCUCCUCUGUUCUUUUUGAGUCCCACCACUGGAAGAGUGGUCCAUAGACCCAAUGAAGACAUUGUCACAGUUAGAGGAACUGUUGUUGAAAGAAUUAACACAAUCUUAACUACACUGAAAAUUUUAAACUGUGUCAAGUCAGCUUAGCAGAGAUUUAGCUAUGCCAAUGAGCAGUGAUUUUAACUAUUCUUGGCUGCUUAAACCGGGCAGCUAUGAACUAUGACAAACGUAGAUUUUUCAAAGCAAUACAGAAUAUUAAAACAGAGGAACCUUAAUAUCAACUGCAUAAUCUUUCUUAGCCAUUCCAGAAAAAAGCAAAGCAAUUAUUAAUAUUUUAUUUUUUAAAUAAUUUUAAUAUGAUUUCAUGCACUUCAUAUUGUCACUUUUUAAAAACUGCAGAAAAGAGAUUUAGGGUUAUAAUAGAAACAUGUGCUUUGAUAAGCUUAUAUAGGUAGAAUUCAUAGUUCAAGACCUGAGUCCACUGUCAUCUUUCUUCCUCCCAUUGCAGCUAUCCUCAGGUACCAAAUGUUUUUGAUUUUUAAAUAAGGAUAGUAAUAAAAGGAGGAAGUGUCCUAUAAAUUUAAAGACCAGUUGACCCAGCCUUAUACUAAAGAUAGCCUUAUGAAAAAGAUUUGCUGUGAGGCAGAAGUAUAUUUUUGGCAGAGAGAAAAAUAAAACUUUUUUUCCCUUUAGCUCAUAUCCUUAUUUUGGUAAGUAUUUUUUAUUUCACAUCUACUUUUAAAAAAAGUUGAGAAAUGGAAGUCUAGUCAUUGACAUAUAUCAUUCUCCACUGUGAAAAGUUAUAAUAUACUACUUGUUGACUUUCCCUUUCUGAUCUCUGUUCUUAUUUGAAAUAUCAAAUGAAAUCUUCCAAUGUAAAACAUUAAAAGUAAGCAUUAAUUUACUAAAAUACCAAUUUAAAGGAAAUCAAACCUCCCAUACCAGAUUUGAAAAUAAUAUCAUGAGAGUACCCUGAUCCCCAAUAUUGCAGUGAAACUUUUGAAACAGAUGUGAAUUCUAGCUAAGUUUCAUGGUCUUAUUAAAAGCAAAUGUCUGCCUCUACCUGAAAAAGAAAUGUAAAUAUUUUUAAGUAUUAAUAUCCCCUGGAUCCUCAACAAAAGGGUGGCAUUCACCAGGGGAUGGCUGUCAUUUCUUAUGUAUUGAAACCUUUCUAAAUAUGCUCUAUUCUCUACGUCUUGAAAUUUGUUUCAUAAAAUCCUUACAUUGAUUUUCAUUUUAUUCUCAAAUACAGUAACUUUCACUCUAUUGACAAAUAGAAGAACAUUUUUUAAACUUUCUCCAUGAUCAAAUCCAUUUUCUAAUUUUUUAGUAACAUAUCUCUUUAAAAAGUAUACUACCUUAUGAGAAACUUCAUUAGAAAUUAAAAUUUAAUGCGAGUAAAUUGUCAUCUGAUAAUUCUACAUGAUAUAAUCAACUGUAAUAAUAAAAAUAACUUAUCCGAUUAGAGGAAAACAAGAUAUAUUUUUCUCUGUAUUUCUAUAACUUUUGCCACUUCAUUGAAUACAUUGUAUAUUGGACAUUCAAUUAUUAGAUAUGCAUUCUUGAGAUCUUUUAUUUUGGAAUGAUGCUAACUCUGUCUCUUUGCCAAUUCUAAUACCAGGUUCCAAGUAAUAACUCUACCAUACAAAGAGAACUGAAUAUUCAUUCUAGGGCUAGGAUCUGAACUUCACAAUUCAUUUGGGUACCUAUUCUCAUUGAAUUUCCUUGUUCCCUGGUGCCCAGGGAUAAUUCAGUCGGGACCACCAUGACUAAAAGGAAGGAGAAAUGCUAAGGUGCAGCAAAGUGACCCUGCAGGAGAGAUUGGUCCCAGGAUGGAAGGAAGAAGACCUGGUUUGAUGAAGUUGUGCUGACUAAUCUAAACAGUCUACUCAUGCUUUUAUUUUGGGAGAAGAGGUGAGCAGCUUGAGAAGAACAUAGAAGAACCAUCUUUCUGAGCUAGGGGUAGGGAAUGGAAAGGAAAUACGAGAAGAAAAUGCAUAAGAGGAUUUUCUUGACUUAAGCGAGGAACAAAAAUCAAAUCCCCAAAUGUGCCAAUUCUUGAAAGUAACAGUCUUUCCCAAACUACUGCUGUUAUCAGCAAGUGAUCAGGAAGACUAGGAGCUAUUUCUGACUGUAAGUGAAUUGCAUAAUGGCUCUGCUGCCGUUCUGUGACUUCCAAACUAGGAAUUAAACACAGUUUUUAAGAAAACAAACAAACAACAAUAAAAAAAAAAGAAAAACAUUUCCUGUGCUAGUCUCUCAGCAAAAUGUACAUGUUUUGGAGACUUCAAAGGCAUUGUCUGAUUUCACAUUUAGCAACAGCUUAUUAAUAACCCUCAAGCUGUCAGAAUCUCUAUAGUUAUCAUUUACAAUUUUAUACUGUGAAAAAAUACAGAUCAGUGAAAACAUAUAGAUAAAGCAGAAUUUACUUAGAAGAGAGUCUGAGGCUUGGGAGAUUCUCUACUGUGUAUCAAAGAAUGAGGCAUGUAUAAAAUAGUUGGCUGAAUUUCACUGAUCUUCCCAAUGUGAACAAAUAUACUAUGUAUAUUGUGUGUAUUUCUAGAAAUCAAUGGCAGCUGCUGGUGGUGUUGUAAUUAGAAAUCUAUAUAGAAUAUAGAUGUUUUAGAAAGAUGGUGCCAAUCCUAAAGAUUUGUGUGGGCUACAAGAGCUUGUAUUUACUUUUUUCCGCACUUACAACUGAUUUGGUUUUAAAAUUGUGUGCGUGUAUUUGUUCUUUUUCUGUUGUUGCAGCUUAUACUAUUAAAAUAAUAGAGAAUGUUAAAUUAUUUUGAUGUGAAUUGCAAAUGAUUUUUUUCAUAAAGUUUAACAUUUUUAUCAGCAUUGUUUUGCUUUGUACUUGUGUAAAUGUGUUUUAUUUUAGCGUUUUAAAAUAUAAUUCCUUGUUUUCUGAGUUGUCUAAAUCAUGUUAUAGCUGGUGUUUGUGAAGUCAGUUACUUUUUAAAAACCAUUAAAAAAAACUAUAAUA